AUGGUGGAAGUAACGGCACAGAGUGUGGAGUCUCGUGACUUUCCCACCAUUGAGCAUCUUCGUGAUGAGCUUCGUGAGCUCUCUGGUAUCAAGGGCCGUCGUUUGAUGGUAGCCAAUCGAGGAGAAAUCGCCAUUCGCAUUUUCCGUACUGCACAUGAGUUGGGCCUACAGACGGUAGCUAUUUACAGCGCGGAAGACCGGAUGUGUGCGCACCGCUCCAAGGCCGACUUCUCCUUCGAGGUUGGCAAGGGUCUGUCCCCCGUGGCAGCCUACCUAGAUAUGGACGGCAUUGUGCAAAUUGCCAAGGAAAAUAAAGUGGACAUGAUUCACCCCGGGUAUGGAUUCUUGGCCGAGAACCCUGAAUUUGCGAGAAAAGUAGAGGAAGCGGGUAUUGCAUUCGUGGGCCCGCGUCCCGAGACCAUUGACGGCCUGGGCGACAAGACCAAGGCCCGGGACCUUGCGCGCGAGGCUCAAGUACCGAUUGUGCCUGGUACGCCUGGACCCAUUGCAAGCUACGAUGCAGCUGAGCCCUUCAUCAAGGAAGUGGGUUUCCCUGUCAUUAUUAAGGCGGCUAUGGGCGGUGGUGGCCGUGGUAUGCGUGUUGUAUGGAGCAUGGACGAGUUCCACGCAGCCUUUGACCGUGCCGUAUCCGAGGCUCGGUCGGCCUUUGGUGACCCAACCGUGUUCAUUGAGCGCUUUCUUCACCGGCCGCGCCACAUCGAGGUCCAGCUGCUGGCCGAUGGAGAAGGCAACACGAUGCACCUGUUUGAACGCGACUGCUCUGUGCAGCGCCGUCACCAAAAAGUCGUCGAGGUCGCACCCGCAAGCCACUUGAGUGAGAGUGUGCGCCAGGCGAUCUUGCAGGAUGCUGUGAAGAUCGCCAAGACAGCCCGUUACCGUAAUGCAGGCACGGCUGAGUUCCUCGUCGACCAGGAAAACCGACACUACUUUAUCGAAAUCAAUCCACGCUUGCAAGUCGAACACACGAUUACGGAGGAAGUUACAGGUGUCGAUAUUGUCGCGAGCCAGAUUCAGAUUGCGGCGGGCGCAACACUCCGCGACCUUGGCUUGUCUCAGGAAAGUCUUAUUGCACGUGGCUCGGCUAUCCAAUGUCGUAUCACAACUGAGGAUCCGGAAGCCAGUUUCCAGCCAGACACGGGUCGUAUCGAAGUGUACAGCGCGGCAGGAGGCACGGGAGUUCGUCUUGACGCUGGCUCCGGUUUCGUGGGUGCACAGAUCACGCCUCAUUUCGACUCACUCCUCGUCAAGGUGACGUGCCGUGCAGCGACGUAUGAGAUGGCGCGUCGUAAAAUGAUUCGUGCAUUGGUCGAGUUCCGCAUUCGUGGUGUCAAAACCAAUAUCCCAUACUUGCUGCGCCUCCUUCGCCACCACUACUUUGUCGAAGGCAACACAUGGACCACCAUGAUUGACGACACGCCGGAGCUGUUCAUUUUUGGCCACUCAGCCAAUCGUGCUCAAAAGCUGCUGCAAUAUAUUGGUAACCUGUUGGUGAACGGCAGCUCCAUCAAGGGUCAGGUGGGUGAGCCUGGUUUGUCGACAGAGGCGCACCGUCCGUCACUCUACAAAGAUGGCCAAUUGGUUGACACAAGCAAGCCGAUGCUGCAAGGUUGGCGCAACAUUAUUGUACAGGAGGGUCCUGAGGCAUUUGCCCGUGCGGUGCGUGCUUACAAAGGCACCCUCAUCAUGGAUACGACAUGGCGCGAUGCACAUCAGAGUCUGUUUGCGACGCGUCUGCGCACACUGGACAUAUUGAAUAUUGCUCGCGAAACGUCGCAUGCGCUGCACAAUGCGUACAGUCUGGAGUGCUGGGGAGGUGCCACGUUCGAUGUUGCCAUGCGUUUCUUGUAUGAGGACCCAUGGGAGCGUCUGCGUGCGAUGCGUAAGCUGGUUCCCAACAUUCCUUUCCAGGCAUUGAUCCGUGGUGCGAAUGCUGUGGGCUAUACGUCGUACCCAGACAAUGCCAUUUACGAAUUCAGCAAGCGCGCGGUCGAAAACGGAUUGGACAUUUUCCGCGUAUUCGACUCUCUCAACAGCCUCGAUUCGCUCAAGCUCGGCAUGCACGCCGCCAAGGUCGCGGGUGGUGUAGUAGAAGGCACCAUCUGCUACACAGGUGACGUGGCGAACCCGGAGCGUCACCCCAAGUACACGCUCGACUACUACAUGGGGCUUGUGGAUGAGCUUGUGGCUACGGGUCACCUGCAUGUACUUGGCAUUAAGGAUAUGGCUGGCUUGCUUAAGCCGCAAUCGGCACGACUGCUCGUGGGCUCCAUCCGCGCCAAGUAUCCUGACCUGCCGAUCCACGUUCACUCCCACGAUACGGCUGGUAUUGCUGUCGCUAGUAUGUUGGCCUGUGCCGAGGCGGGUGCCGAUGUCAUUGAUGCUGCCAUCGACAGCAUGUCGGGUCUGACCUCGCAGCCAUCCAUGGGUGCCAUUGUGAGCUCGCUUGAGCAAAUGGAGCUCGGUACUGGCAUUUCGCACGACAGUAUUCAGCGUCUGAAUCUGUACUGGUCUGAAGUGCGCCAGCUGUACCAAUGCUUUGAGCAGAAUGUCAAGGCAUCCGACUCGUCCGUGUUUGACCACGAGAUGCCUGGUGGCCAAUACACAAACCUCAUGUUCCAGUCUCAGCAGCUUGGCCUCGGCUCGCAAUGGAGCGAGAUCAAGCAUGCUUACAUGGAGGCCAACAUGUUGUGUGGUGACAUUGUCAAGGUCACGCCCUCGUCCAAGGUGGUAGGUGACUUGGCGCAGUUCAUGGUCGCCAACAAGCUGUCGGCCCGCGAUGUGGAAGAGCAUGCGUCGACCCUCGACUUCCCUGUAUCUGUUGUUGAGUUCUUCCAAGGCUUUUUGGGUACACCGCCUGGUGGCUUCCCGGAGCCACUGCGCACGCACAUCAUCCGGAACAAGGAGCGCGUUGACACACGCCGUGGUGCUUCACUGCCGCCUCUCGACUUCGACAAAAUCAAGUCGGACCUGACAGUCAAGUACCGACGCCCUAUGUCCGAGUGCGACGCUGUCAGUUGGGCUAUGUACCCGAAGGUGUUUGAAGAGUUCCAGGCAUUUAUUGAAGAAUUUGGCGACUUGAGCCGCAUGCCGACUCGCUUCUUCCUCGGUAAGCCCAAAGCCGGUGAGGAGAUGCAUAUUCCGAUUGAAGACGGCAAGCUGCUCAUUGUUAAGCUGCUAGGUCUUGGUCCAUUCCACGAAGCUACAGGUAUGCGUGACGUGCUCUUUGAGCUCAACUCGAGUCCACGCAGUAUUUCCGUCAAGGACCUCAGCGCCAGCGUCGAAGAGGUGCAUCAUGAGAAGGCCACGUCUGAGCCGGGUAGUGUGGGCUCGCCUCUGGCUGGUGUCGUGGUUGAACUCAAGGUCAAGGAAGGCGACGCGGUCAAGCCAGGCGAUGCGAUGUUUGUCAUGAGUGCCAUGAAGAUGGAGACCAUCGUCUCGGCCCAGAUUGCUGGUAAAGUGACGCGUGUGGCCGUCAAGCAAAAUGACUCCCUCUCACAGAACGAUCUGCUGUGUGAGAUCACUCCUUGA